CUCCUUUUCAUGGUCAUGCUCAUAAGUCCUCUGCUCGCAAUGCAUGGACAAUGUCUGCUGCUCUGAGACUUAUCAGAAGAAUGCUAACUCCAAGGAUAACUCUUGCAGCCUUUGUGCUCUUCAUCCUAACAUCUCAGUGUUCAACAGAAAAUGAUGAGCCAUUCUCACUCACUAACAAGGCCACUGGUUUUUGUUUGCUGAGAAAAUUGAGCCGCUGUCUCAAUGUGCGCUGGACGACUGGUAACCGGCUUUUUGCUACCACAACCAAAAAGUGCCUGGGAGCCCAGGGUAAAAGUGUGGGGAGUGAAGUGAGCCUCUAUGAUUGUGACGACACAUCUGAACUCCAAAAGUGGGAAUGCAAGAAUGAGACACUGCUCGCUCUCAAAGGCCAAGACUUUUAUAUUGAAGUCAAAUCCGAUGAAACGAUUGCUCUCUCCAGAACUGUUGGGCCAAAUAACCACUUCACAGUCACAGGGACAUCCAGUGGUGCUUGCACAAGAACACACAGAGAACUUUAUACCAUUGAAGGAAAUGCGUUUGGUAAGAUCUGCAUGUUUCCCUUCCUGUACAAAGACCGGUGGUAUGGAGACUGCACUACGUAUGACUCCUCACAAAAACGUUCUUGGUGUGCAGUUGAAACAAAAUAUGAACAUGAACAGUGGGGAUACUGCCCGACUAAUUCCAACGAACACUGGACAAAAAACCUGGUAACAGGAGCGUAUUACCAGCUCAACACACAGUCAGCCCUGACUUGGACCCAGGCUGAAAACAGCUGCAAACAGCAGGGUGCCUCCCUGGUCAGUAUCAACGAUCCUCAUGAGCAGGCUUUUAUCUCAGCACUGUUGGGAUCAGGAAAAUAUAAACUUUGGAUUGGAGUGGUUCUGGAUCAGGAUCAUGGCUGGCAGUGGUCUAACGGGAAGCCUUUCCGUUACCUGAGAUGGAGUACUGGACACCCACUUCCGAAUCCAGGUUACAACUGUGCACUUCUUGACACUGUGGGGCAACACUCUUGGCAAAGCUCAUCCUGCGUGAGGAGAAUGGGCUACAUCUGCUACAAAGAUGGGGCCCCACCAGGACCUCCACCACAAAUUGAGCAAGGAUUUUGUUCAAAUCCAUGGAUUCCCUACAAUGGUCACUGCUUCCAUCUUCAGCGUAAUCCUCAAACAUGGACUAAUGCUCAGAGAGAGUGCCGCAAAGAACACGGGGACCUAGUGAGCAUUCGCAACGUGGAGGACCAAAGCUUUGUUAUCUCUCAACUUGGAUAUGCAUCCACUGAUGAGCUUUGGAUUGGACUGAAUGACAAAAACACGGAGGGGCUGUUUGACUGGAGUGACCACUCUCCUGUCAGCUUCACCAGCUGGAUGUAUGGGAGACCCGCUGUGUCCACUGAUGCAGAAGACUGUGUUCUCAUCAGGGGGGAGAAUGGGAACUGGGCGGAUCGCUUGUGUGACGAGAAACACGGCUUUAUCUGUAUGAAGCAGAGUGAAAGUGAACGCACUGGAGAUGAAGUAGAUCUGGACCUAGGCUGCAAAGCGGGUUGGAAAAGACAUGGCUCCUACUGCUACUUUGUAGGAGCUGAGACAAAGACUUUUGAUGAAGCUAGUGAUGACUGCAAGAGCUCAGGCUCCUACUUAGCUGAUGUUUCAAAUGGGGUGGAUAAUGCAUUCCUUGUCAGCUUGGUGGGAUUGAGACCAGAGAAAUACUUUUGGCUAGGACUUUCAAACCAGAAAAAUAUUGAUGAAUUUGUCUGGACCAACAAAGAUUCAGUAAGGUUCACUCACUGGAACGCUCAAAUGCCAGGUUACAGGCAGGGCUGUGUUGCCAUGACAACUGGGGUUUUGGCCGGACUCUGGGAUCUGCUGCCCUGCACCAAUCAGGAGAAAUACAUCUGCAAACACCAGGCAGAUGGGGCAGUUAUAACCUCUGCCCCACCAACUCAGUCUCCUCCUCAGUGUGCAGACGGUUGGAGUCGAGUGGGAAUAAGAAACGUCUGCUAUAAGUUUUUUACAGGGCCUCGUGCAAAUGAGAAGACCUGGUUUGAAGCCAGGGAUUACUGUCGGGCCAUUGGAGGAGAUCUGCUCAGCAUCCACAGCUCUAAUGAUCUACGAGUGGCACGUCAUGGGAAAGCCUGGAUUGGACUUCAUAUUCCUGAAUCAAGCACUGGUUAUGAAUGGAGUGAUGGAUCACCGCUAAACUUCCAGCACUGGCAGGAAGGAGAGCCAAACAAUUUUAAUGAUGCAGAAUCAUGUGCUGAAUUUAUAAUAUAUAACUGGGAUGAUGCCGGAUCUUGGAACGACGCGAACUGUGAGAGUUACAAUGACUGGCUGUGUCAGAUCCGCGCAGGAGUGACUCCAAAGCCGCCACCAAAUGCCACAGUAGCGGAGUUUAAUACCACUUCAGAUGGUUGGCUCAUGUGGAGAGGGAGUCAGUAUUUAAUUAACACAAGGUCAAAGACCAUGGAAGAUGCUCGUCACUUCUGUCAGCAGAGGAAUGGUGACUUGGUAUCUAUCAACAGUAAAGAUGAAAAUUCUUUCUUAUGGAAACAGAUUUCCAGAAGCUAUGGGCACUAUUAUAUAGGUUUGUCAGUGGAUCUUGAUGGGUCAUUUUGGUGGAUGGAUGGUUCUUCAGUGGGACUACAAAGAUGGGAUGAAAAUCAACCUAAUUCCAAUGCCUUUGAUGAGAACUGUGUUACCAUGACUUAUUAUAUGGGCUUCUGGCGGACUUGUAAUUGUGGACAAGAGCGCCAGUUCAUUUGUAAACGAGGACACCCACCGCCUGCCAACACCACUGUAGCCCCCACAGUACCACCUAAAGGUGGCUGCCCAGUGACGUGGACAAAUUUUGACUCAAAGUGUUACAAAAUCAACACUGCCCAGAAGGCCACUUGGGAAGAAGCAAGGAGACAGUGUAUUUCCAUAGGAGGAAAUUUAGUCUCAGUUCCCACAAGACGUGUGCAAGCAUUUUUGACCACCAAAAUGGUUGAUGUAGCAACUACAGACCUGUGGAUAGGUUUGAACGGCAUAAAUAAAGAUGGUUUUUACUGGACUGAUGGAAAACCAAGGCGAUACACCAACUGGGGCUUUUCUAAACUACGACGUAGUCCUGGGACUUUUUAUCAAAGAUGGAAUGAGGAAGACUGUGUUGUGAUGAACAGCAACCCUUCGCUUGGCACCGGUAAAUGGCUGGUUAAGUCUUGCAAUGACACCAAUGGAUUUAUCUGUCUUCGAAAUCUUGACCCAAAUAUCAAGGCUCAAACAGAUGUAACAGAUCCUAACAUCUAUAUAGCUCUGGGAAAUGACAGCAUCAAGGCUGUGACUCAAAAUCUGACCUGGGAUGAUGCCAAGAGACACUGUGAAAGCGAUAAAGCCAGCCUGGCUAGUCUGCGAAAUGAAUGGACACAGGCCUACAUUGAACUGCUGGCUAUGAAUCUGAAAUCUCCGCUGUGGAUUGGACUGAACAAAGAGCUGACCGGUUAUUUUAGGUACAUUGAUGGCUGGAACCUGAAAUUUGCCAACUGGGCCACAAAUGAACCACGCAGUAACCAACCUUGUGUGUUCGUGGAUAUGGAAGGAAAAUGGAGAACUACUUUCUGCAAUCGGACCAUGAACAGUGUUUGUAUGCUGUCUACAGAUGUGCCACCAACUCAGUCAACCAACUACCCAGGAGUCUGCCCUGAAGAGACGAAUGUAGACUACCACCAGAGUAAUUCCUGGCUGCCAUUUAAGGAUCGUUGUUAUUUGUUUGUGGUGGAUGAAACUGAAUGGGCAAAUGCAGCCAGCAGCUGUGCAAGACAUGGUGGAGCCCUGGCUAGCAUUGAGGACCCUUCUGAGCAAGAAUUCCUCAAAAAUAAUGUGGAAAUAUUUAAAGAUACCUACACCUCCUUCUGGAUUGGCUUGUAUAAAACCCAUAAAGGAACAUGGAUGUGGUUGGACAGAACAGUCUUGGAUUACACUAACUGGGCUGAAGAUGAGCCUAAUUCUGAUUUUGGAGCCAUUAUAACCUUAGAUGGGACUUGGACAACAGGUCGCAGAUGGCACGAUAGACCAUACAUCUGUGAAACACCUAAAGUGAAACCCCAAGAUCAAGAGUUAAAACCUGAUGCUCAAGGUCAGGAUCCUCGCAGUCGUGUCCACACGAGUUUGGUAGUUGUGCUGAUCAUACUAAUCACUUCAUCGCUGAUAGUCACUGCAUUCUUCCUCUACAAGAAGUCCCCUCGUCUCAUUCCCACCUUUGACAAUCCACUCUACUUUGGCAGUGAGCGAUCUCAGCCCGAUGUUGUGGACACCAAUAAACUGAUAGAGAAGGCAGAGGAAGAAAACCCUGAGCCUAUUAUAACUCUGUGAUUUACAUAGUAGCAGAAUCUAGUGGGACAUACACUAUACUGUAUCUCAGACUGAUGUAUUACACUUUGAUGCUUCAUGUUUUUUCUUUUUUUUCUUUUUUUUUUUUACUAUAUACAGUCCACAUUCAUUUAUUUAACAGUAUGUCACUAAGUGUGAGUUUCAAUGGAGUUGGCAAUGUCUAACCUCAUGGAACAGAACAAUUUAGGCUCUAGGAUGUCUCAAUGGGAAUAAUGAGUAUUUGAUUUUUUUUUCUUUUUAUCUAUGAUUGAAUGUACAGAUUUGUCACGUUAUAAUGCUUAUGCCCACUAGAUGCUGUUCAUUGGUUGUACAUUUGAUAUGUGCAAAUAUCUCUCUGCCUGUCACUGUUAAACAAGCAUUAAACUUGGCACAAAAUAAUAAAUGGU